CCAUGUGAGUGAUCUCUGAUUCGACGUCUCCUCAUCUGAUCUCUUCUUCUAACCACUGCUGCUCCUGCUGCUGCCAUUUUCUCAUUUAAGUCUUCUACUUUCCCUUUGCUAUAAACAAGUAUAAAAACCCAUCUCUCUCUGUCUUUUUUUCUAUGAGUUUUGGAUCCAACGUGUCCAAGCUCUGGAUCUUCUUUGAAGCCCCAUUGGAUCUUUCAAGACUGAUACACCUACAGUUCACAGCAUGGCUCCACUCUUGUACUUGAGAUUCAAGAAGGUACUUCUGCUUUAUCUCGUUUUCUUCCUGUUUGUUUCUGUUCUUCUUUGUGCCUCCUCAGAUUGUUCUCAGCUAGAAAGGAAAGGGUUUAUUGGUAGAAGAAGAAUGUUAGAGGUGGAAAAAGAUCAAGUCCAGCUGCCUAAGAAAAAAAGUACCAAUUCUUCUACCAAGAACCAAACCAACCUAAUCAAACCCAAUCUUUCCUCUUCAAAAAACCAAACUAAGCUCUCUAAGACUAGCUUAUCUACUAAGAACCAAACCAAGAUUACAAAAUUUACAAAUUCAACUAAAGCAGCUUUUUACUCCUUAUCCAAGGCUGAGCUUAAAAAGCUCAAUUCCACUUCCCAGCUUAAGAAGCUCAAUUCCACGUCAAAAGCUUACAACUCUACCAAAACCAGCUCCGGCUCUACUAAAAAAACCUCAGAUCUACUCAAAUUAGGCUUCCCCAAGAACAAAACAUCCAAAGCCACUUCAACAAAAGGAUCCCAAAUUCUUGUGAGUGAUUCUGAAUCUCAAAAACAAACCAAGAGCCCAUUAAAAACCGCAGAGAAAAAACCCAAUAACGAGAAGAAGACCACCACCCAGCAGGCACAAAAACAACCCAGUUGGGUUGAUCAAGAAGGGGAGGAUGAUUUGGUCGCUGAGUUCAGAGCUCUACCAUCCAAAUUUCAACAAUCUCUCCUGCCAGACAUUGAAAAGAUCUCAAUAACCUCCAAAAAAUACCUCACAAAAGCCAACAAAGAAAUGGCCAAAGGGUUCAAGCCCAUAGUUGGAAACAGAUAUGCAUCCACCAUUGCCACUGUAGUCUGUUUCGCUUUCAUUUUAAUACCUCUCCUUCUAGUUUCUUUAAUCGUCAGCCGCAUCAAAGCUUAUUUCUCUAUCCAAAAGAUCGUCAUCUUCAUUCAAGUUUAUCUCUCAAUUUACUUCUUCAUUCUUUGUCUCUCUUCUCUAGUUACUGGGCUGGAGCCUUUGAGGUUUUUCUACGCUACUUCGCAACCCAUGUACGUCUGUUUAAUGGUUCUGCAAACCCUUGGCUACGUGUUGUAUCUGUUGUUGCUGUUAAUGCACUUGAUUCUGGUGUUUUCCACUGAAUCUGGGCUGGGCUCAAAGUUUCUAGGCCUGGGCCAGACCUUCGUGGGCUUCGCUGUUGGGCUACAUUUCUACGUAGCGGUUUCCCACAGGGUGGUCAUGCACCAGCCACCCAAGACUACGUGGAAGGUUCAUGGGAUUUAUGCCACGUGUUUUCUUGUGAUUUGUCUGUUUGCUAAAUUUGAUAGGACAAAGAAGGCUUACUUGCAAGAUGGCGAUGAAGAGGGCAAGAAGAAUUAGUUCAUAAUAAUUUUUUUUUUCCUUUUUUAAAGAAAUGUAAUAAAUUCACUUUUUGUACUUUAUUUAUUUAUUAUUAAUCUUUGGGGUUGUUACGAACAA